AUGCCGAGCGAUCUCGCAGCUCAUGUCUCCAAUACAAUCCCCAAACUUGAUGGACAGCCAAUCAGCGGUCCAUCUUCACUUGAACUAGAGAAUCUUGGAGACCUCAAUAGCUAUGGUGGUGAAGAAGUUGCUCUUACUUCUAAGGAGGACCCUUUGACAUAUCCACCUUGGAUUUUAGGCGAGGCUCCCGAUGCCGACGGAAAGAUCCACGACUCUGUGCCUUGCGCCGUGAUUUUGGUAGAGAAAAGUGACAUUGACGUCGACGCUUUCUACUUUUACUUCUAUUCUUUCAACGAGGGACCAAAUAUCACUCAAGUCCUGGAGCCAAUAAACCACUUGGUUGGAGAUGAGAACUUAUCAUCCGGGAUGCACUUCGGCAAUCAUGUUGGGGAUUGGGAACACAACAUGGUCAGGUUCCACAACGGUACCCCUGUCGGUGUAUACUACAGCCAGCAUGUCGAUGGCGUCGGCUUCAAGUGGGACGACUCAAGGAUUAACAUAACCGAUGGUAGACCUGUGGUAUACAGCGCCGCCGGUUCUCAUGCCAACUAUCCAGCCGAAGGUCAUCAACUUCACAACGCAGCCAUGUUCGACUACUGCGAUAAGGGUAAGAUAUGGGACCCAGUCCUGUCAGCCUACUUCUACCGCUUCAAUUCCGAUACCUUCACCAUUACACCGAUAAUCUCACCUUUGCAACCAUCCGCGACAGAACCUGCUCAGAAUCUGACCUCUUGGUUUGACUUUAUCGGCCACUGGGGAGAUAUCAAAUAUCCGGACUCUGAUCCUCGUCAGGAAACAGUUCCUCAUUUCGGCCUCAAGCGCUUCAAUUCUGGGCCAAACGGUCCACGCUUCAAACACCUUGUUCGCAAGGGCCUUGUACGAGAUCACCCGCGAAAGAUGGGUUGGAAAGAAUGGGGCGUUAGUGUCUUCAUGGCGUGGUAUCCCUGUUGCAUCAGAGGCUGGAGGUUAUGGAGAUCGUUGGGCAUAAUGGCGGUCCUGAUGUCGGCAUUUGUGCUUGCAAUCAUAUUUGGAAUCAGGAACUAUAAGACUUGGAGGCAGAGGAUGGCCUAUACCAAGCUGGGUGGAGAUGAUAUAGCUAUGAAUGAGAUGGGGGGUCAGGAAGAGUCUGUGGAAUCGUCAGAUUCCAAUAGUGACGAUGAAGAUGACUAUAGACGAGAUAGAUAUGAGGCGAUGUUGAGAGGAUAG